AUGAGUCUGGGCAUCAUGGAAGAGGAGGACCUGGCGGAGUACUUCCGGCUGCAGUAUGGGGAGCGGCUGCUUCAGCUGCUGCAGAAAUUCCCAAAUGUUGAGGAUCAGUCAGAUUCUCUGUCCAUCCGGCUCCUGGAGAAGAAGAAAGAAGCCAAGAUCAUGCACCAGGCCAUGGAACAGAAGAAGGAGGAGUUCCAGCGGAGAAUGGAAAUGCUGAACCUGCGCUGGGAGGAGCUGGGCAUCAAGGAAGAGCAGCUGAAGACACACAUCCAGAAGUUUGAGCAGUUCAUCCAGGAGAACGACCAGAAACGGAUCCGAGCCCUGAAAAAGGCCAACAAAGAACGGGAGCUGAAAAGGCAGCGCCUGCGGGAGCUGGCCAAGGCCAAGCAGGAGAUGACGGCCCUGAGGCAGGAGCACCAGAGGCUGAGUGGCAAGCUCCAGGACUACGCCAUCUUCAACAAGUUCCUGGAGAAGGUGGUGGAGAACUCUGAGUUUGAAGAGAUCCACGAGGUGAUUGCCCGCUACAAGACGCUGGUCAGCAUGCACCACGACCUCAUGCAGUCGGCCCAAGAGGGCCAGGAGAAGAUCGAGCGCGCCAAGGCGCGGCUGGCCCGCUACAUGGAGGAGAAGGACGACGAGAUCCUGCAGCACAACAACGAGCUGGCGAGACUGCAGAUGCGCUUCGACCGGGCCCGCAGCGACGUCAUCUUCUGGGAAUCUCGCUGGGCGCACAUCCAGAACACGGCGGCCAAGAAGACCCUCCUGCUGGGCACCAUUAAGAUGGCAACGCUGAACCUCUUCCAGAUCGUGAGCAAGCAGCUGAAGGAGACCGCCCCGGUGUCCCUGGAGGACACGCACAAACAACUGGACAUGAUCCAGCAGUUUAUACAAGACCUGUCGGAUAUCUGGUCAGAAGUAAAGAAGAAGGAGCAGCAGCUGAUCCGCGUGUAAGGAAGCGCCAUGCUGCUCGAAUGUUCCGAGACACCGAGAGAGAAAGGGAAGAGGAAGGUCCUGAUGAGCUCGCGGCCCAGCCCCUAGCCCAGCCGUUGCAGAACCAUGGCUUCCCGAUGCUUCCCUUUGUUGCCUUCCCCUCCGGCCUCAGUCCACCCCAGCCCUUAAAAGCAUUAAAUGU